AUGUCUGCAACAAACCUUGGCUCCUUAUUUGGAGCUGGUGGCCUAGGAACCGCAACUCAACCGGCGAGCUCAGCUUCGGCUGCCAAUUUAACGAGUAUUUUUGGGACUCCUUCCACAACUCAAGCUGCAUCGAAUGCUUCGCUCUUUGGUAAUCAGCCGCCAACCCAGCAACAGCCCCUUCAGUCCUCGAUCUUUGGACAUGAUCAAGCACAGAUGAGUUCAGGACAAUCCUCACGACCCUCUGGCCAAACUACUCAGCCCGCAUUUUUCAACAGCCUCCUAGAGCGCGGCAAAAAGAGACCAAUUGCUUCAGUUGGCCAAGGCAGCAAUUUCGAAGAGUUACCGAGCCUUCAACUAGGCCUCGAUGACAUUCGGAGGAAAGCAAGAGAACUCGGCAGUAGAGGAUUGAACGACCCCCUGCAUCCUGCUUCGACCAGUAAAGCCCACUAUCUUCUUGCCGCAUCGGGCGUGUCGCCUGGACAUGCUUUACGGGGCCUCAAAGCACUAGAUCCCCAGGCUUCAAUAGGUCUCCCUCCAAAGGAACAGGAGGUUUUUGACCCCGACAACCAGAAAUUCUUGAGAAGCAUACAACAGCGUGGGCGUAAAGUGAUGAUUGCCGAAAGUCUUGCUCGAGCUCAGAGAGACUUUGAUACAUUCCUGGAGGAGAAGGUGGAUUUAGACUGGGAGGAUCAGCGCCAGAAAAUCUUUCAGCACUUUGGACUGGCACAUAAGGAUGGCACUGUUGGCGACAUGAGAAAUUCAUUCGGUCGCUCAACGAGACCUUCUAGACUAACAGGUUCUUUGCCGUCCCACGAAGCUGCGGGCGUCUCCCGGCGGAGCGUUUUCGGACGUUCCGGCCUGGGAAAGUCAGUCAUAGGCAAUCCUGGAACUGGGAGAGCAAGUCAUCAUCUUUUCGAGGAUUCCCUGGAACGCAGCGAUGCAUCUGGAACUCACUCCCCGGAUCUUCGAUUUUUGCGCGAAAAAAUGGGUCAUUACGCGGACAAAGUUCAGCUGUUAAAUUCCGCCCGGAUUCAAGGGCGAGUGUUUUCGCUUCUUCAUGAAUUUUCUGAAGUGGAGCGACAUGCUGGUGGUGAUGUACCUUGCCAGCUUUUUGAUGCGUACCGAGCUUUGAUCAGUAUCGUCAAAGAGCCCCCGAGCACCACCAGUCCCUCGGAUCCUAGUAUGGUGAGAGAACGACAGUUCUCUGAGGAUUAUCUGGAUGAGACACCAAACUCACGCCGGACAACGAACCUCAAAAAACGCAUAGUCGAGGGCUCUCGUUCCUUCCUAGAGAAAGUAUUUUACAACGAAGUCGAGAAUAUGAUCGCAAAGAAUCCUCGAGAAGCGCAACUUGGAGGAAUUCCGACGGUUAUCAACAAAAUUCGAGCCUAUAUUCGCUUGAGGGCGGCAAGGAAAGACCUUGCACCAGACGGAACGGAGCUACAGAUGGUCGGGCAGGAUUAUUGCUGGAUUUUGAUAUUCUAUCUUCUUCGGUGCGGAUUCAUCACCGAAGCGGCUGAAUAUGUUAGCCAAGAUCCUGGCUUCCGGUCCCUUGAUCACAAAUUCGUGACAUAUAUGACGACUUAUGCACAGAGCAGACGGCUACCGCGAGAUUUGCAGCAAAAGAUCAAUGGUGAAUAUCAACAGCGUUCACGCAAUGCCCCUGAUAACACGGUUGAUCCGUAUCGCAUGGCUUGCUACAAGAUCAUUGGCCGGUGCGACCUGGCCCGUAGGCGCUUGGAGGGCAUAAAUCAGAGUGUGGAAGAUUGGAUGUGGCUUCAAUUCAGUCUGGCCAGAGAAGAUGACCGUGCUGAAGAAAUCGCUGGGGAUGUUUUUGGCCUCGAGGAUAUCCAGACGGAUAUCGCCGAGAUCGGUCAGCGCAUUUUUGGCAAGGGCCAGGAGGCAUCCGGUGGUUACGGCAUUUUCUUUCUACUGCAGAUCUUAGGAGGGAUGUUCGAACAGGCAGUUUCAUACCUCGGCUCUUAUGCGCCAGUCAGUGCGGUGCAUUUCGCAAUCGCCUUGGCGUACUAUGGUCUGCUACGUGUGUCAGACUUCUACACAUCUGCGGAAGAAAUUUUAUCAUUUACUGUGAAACAAUAUCCCCAGAUCAAUUUCGGACAUCUCAUCACCCAGUACACAAGGGAGUUUCGUACUGGAUAUGUUGAGGCAGCGAUCGAUUACUUUUGCUUGCUCUGUCUUAACGCCGACCUCCCAGGUUCACUGGGCAAAUCUCAAGCAUCCGUGUGUCACGAAGCAUUGCGGGAAUUUGUUCUAGAGACGAGGGAUUUUGCCAAAUUACUUGGUGAUAUCCGCUCGGACGGGACUCGAAUUAAGGGCUUGAUUGAGCAGCGCAUGAGCUUGAUCAAAUUGGUCGAUCAAGAAGAAUUUCUGAAAACCAUAACAAUACAAGCUGCUGCGAUCGCGGAUGACAAGGGGCUGGUAACGGAUGCGGUCCUCUUGUAUCACCUUGCUGAGGAUUACGACCGCGUAAUCGACAUCAUCAACCGAGCACUUUCGGAUGCUGUAGCAAUGGAGUUAGGGAGCCCCGGUUUGAAGCUGCAGCCGUUGCGGCCACGAACUGAUCUUCAACAGCAUGCCAAUGAUGAACAUGAAGAGGCCGCGGAACCUGGAAGUAGCCUAAGUCUUACAGCGGUGGAUGAUCCGGUGGUUCUGGCGAAGAAUAUGAUUGGCCUCUACAAUACGAACGCUCUUUAUUACCAACGAAUCCGUCAGAUCAAUCGCGAUGCCUGCGGUUUAUUGCUUAGAAUGAUGGAGGCGAAGGGAGAAGUUGAAGCAGGCCAAUGGACGCCGGCUCUGGAUGCUAUCAAUGAACUGAACAUCUUACCCUUGCGUGCCAGAGGCUCGGUUUCCUUCAUUCGAAGUGCUGCUCAAGCUUUCUCGUCUUUCCCUCCAAUCAUUGCACGUAACGUGGGGCAUGUGAUAAUGUGGAGUAUCACUUGCAUUGGCCAUGAAAGGGCAAGGUUGAGUUCUGGAGUAUAUGAGAACGAGACCAGGCAAGGCCUAGCUGAUGAAUUACUCGUCAUGGCCAAGGAUCUGAUGAUCUUCUCCGGCAUGGUCAAGUACAAAUUACCGCCGAGAGUCUAUGAGACUCUUGCUCGCGCCGGAGCGGAUAUCGGGGCUUACUAG